AUGGAGAGUUAUCAAAGGAAAUGGGCAUUUCCCGCCGUUCGGAUUCUCUAUGAAGUCCCAGAAAUGUCGCCUGCGGGUGAUCAUUGUAAUGACGGAACGAUAACUUGGGAGACCUGCUCACAAUUAAACGCCGAGACUCCCAUGAGGGUUGGACCAGAACAUGCUCAACAUACGGGAUAUUGCAUCACUAGAAUAGUAAGCCGCUGUAGAAGUUGGAGGCCUCAACAAUGGGACCCAUUUGUUUGUUGUUAUCACAUUCUGACACGGGUGGAGACACAACUGAGGAAGGGCUAUUGUCUUGGAGAGAACUGUCCGGGACUUGAGGGAGCAAAAAGUAUCCCCGUCGUUGAGUACGAUCCUGCGGCUUACUAUUCAGGCGAUAGGUUACAAUACGAAAGGGAAAAGCUUGAUUUGUUGAAAGCCGAGGAGGAAACUGGAAAGGAUGUGAGGUUUCAAUGGAAAAAUGCGGAUGGACCAGGCUAUGAGACUUUUGAAGAGGAAAACUCACGAUACAUGUUUGGAUUUCAAGGACGUAACAGAGUCCCCAAGCCGGUUAUGAGCUACAUACCGAAUGACAGUUGGUGGCGGCCGCAUUAG